UGUGGCAACAAUGGGAAGUAGCCUGGACAUUCAACAUGAGCGACUGGCCGCCAUCUCAUUAUUCACCACCAAGCACAUGGUGUGGCUGAUUUCUUCAGCUGGGAGCUGACAUCUGAGGUCUAUUGUUUGCUUGCCUCUCGGCCUCCCCGAUGGCUCGAUGGCUCACACAUGUUGGCCUCCUCGGUGUGGGCGACAUCCCCAAGGAUCCAAUAAUGGUCAUUUACUUGUCAUAGGUGCUAUGACAAGUAAGUACGAAGGCCAAAAAGAGAGGGAACUGCGAUGUUGCGGAACAACUACGUACUACUUUGAUCACUCUUCAAGAAUGAUUUCGACUCGAAACGAUUGCUGGAGCCUCCAACCGGAAACACCCAGCAAAUGAAACACGUGAAACAGCUGCCUCGCCGGUCAGCUACGGAAAGCUGUUUGGGAAAAGAGAACCUCCUUGGGGCUGUGAAGAGUCGACUGAUAGGUGGUUUAUGUGUUCAUGAGGCUCCAGAACCACCCCAGACACACACACACACACACCCUAUUAAGACUCUAAUAUGGAUAUUAGUGUCUUGUUAUGGCCAUGUCAGUUAUGAGGUUAUGAGGUUAGGUGUUGGGAGGGAGGCUUGACCCACCCUGAGGCGGUGGUGUGCGCUGCCCUGGGUCUAGCAAUAGGUGCCGCCAUCCCCAACGCCGAGCGGGCCAUGACCACGGGGAUCCCUGUGAUGCGCCCCGGACGGCCGCCAACUGCCCAACUGCCCAAACAGCCACCCACCAGGAGUCAAACGGGUGCCUCUUGGAUGACCUGCCCAAGGACAGUGCACAUGCUCACCGGUGUCAUUGACCCCGCGGGGAGCGCUGCGGCCACACCCAGCCAGGGCAUGGUGAUGCUGCGGAGCAUCUCGCCCAUUCGAUAUGCCAUUGAGGCGCUCUGCCAGAGCGAGCUCCAGGGCGCUGUUUUGGCGCCGAGCGCCUCGGAGGCGGGCAAGCUGGGAGGGGUGGCCUUGUUGCGCUCCGGCGACGUCUUCCUGGAGCGGUUGGGCGUUUCGCACGCCUACCAAGAGGCCAUCACAUGCUUGUUGGCGCUGCUGUUCUUCCACUUGUUGCUUGCAGCGAUCCUACUGGUCGCCAUGAAACCCAGAUUUCAGAGGGCCAGGCCUUCGAAGCACGGCGUGCCGGUGGCGCAAAGCGUUUGAGAUCUGGCUGAACAGCUGAAGAGUUUUGAACAGCUAGGGCUAUCAUGCCCUGCUUCGCAUGAUGGUGUUUCCAAGCAGCAAACACCCGGUUUCAUUCAAUGAUUGGUGAUGCACCUGACCGGUCGGUCAUGUGAAGCUGCGGUAGCCGUCGGUGUCUGGGCGCGUCCAGCGUCCAAUAAAUGCCCUGCGUCCCGCAGUGCCUCAAGUCAGGCUGGUCAGGUCGCUGGUCCCACAGCGGCGCCUUUCCUCGUCAAAGAUUUCUAUACCGUGGGGGGGAUUGCCCAGUGCAACGGAUCUCCAGCAAAAGACCACUGUCCAACGGGGCACCACUGUCGUUUGUGCAGCUUCGAGUGAGACGAUGCGAUGGAGAAAAGUGUGGUUUUGA